UCUCUCUCCUGUUAGUCACCUCGAGUCCUCUUCUCGCCAGCGAGGAAGAUUUCUAAACUACACAGGUUGGAUAGGGCGAUUUGUUGUCUGUGUGAUAAGAACCGACACCAUUAAUGCAAGCCGGACAAACGGCUGUAGCAAUUCCACUUCAUAAUUGCCAUUUUUUACUCUCUUUCUUCUCCUUUUUGAAUGCAUGCUGCAGUAAAUGCUUUGCUAGUGUCAAAUUCUUCUUCUCAACCACCAAUCUAUCUCCAUUAUUUAGCCCACCCCUUUUUAUUCUAUCAAAAAAUCUCCUCAGUCCUCAGAACAUUUUAUUAUACUUCAUUUAUCCCGGGGAUUUGUCUCUAUUAUCCAAUCAGCUAAGACAUCUAGGUCUCGUCUCGUGGUUCGUUUUUGCCUGUUAUCUUCUCUCCUGAAAAACCCAACAUUCUUCGGGUGAGUAGCUUAAGUAGCCCAUUGAAGUUGCAAUCUUUCUAGGGUUUUGUUUACAAACUUUUGAAAUUGAAGGUCCUCUAAUUCGAAUUUGCAAAUGAGGUGUUCAAAUGUAGUUGUUAUGGUGAUUGUUUCAUGGAUUUUCUUUGCUUCAAGUACCCAUCAGUUAAGAAGCUACGAAUCACAAAUUCUUCACCAGCUGAGGAAGCACUUGGAGUACCCAAUGCCCUUGGCUAAUUGGGAAAAUUAUAAUGGCGAUUUAUGUAAUUUGUCCUCCCCUCCACAAAUGAGCAUUAAAUGCGAGAACAACUCUGUUAUCGAGCUCAGAAUUAUGGGAGAUAAGUCUGUUAAGGUCAGUGAAUUCAAUGGAUUUGCAAUUCAAAAUCAAACUUUGUCUCGGAGUUUCUCUAUUGAUUCUUUUGUCACUACAUUGACAAGGUUAACUAGCUUAAGGGUUCUUAGCUUAGUUUCUCUGGGAAUCUGGGGACCUCUCUCCGACAAAAUUCAUCGGUUGGAUUCCCUUGAAGCUUUGGAUAUGAGUUCGAAUUUUAUAUUUGGCUCGAUUCCAUCAGAGAUGUCUAGAAUGGUGAAGCUUCAGACUUUUACAUUGGAUGGGAAUUUUUUCAAUGAUACAAUCCCCCAAUGGCUAGAUUCUCUAACAAAUCUCACUGUUUUAAGCUUAAAAAACAAUAGGUUGACGGGCCAGAUUCCUUCUACAGUUUCCAGAAUAACAACACUGACCGAAGUCGUUUUGUCACACAAUUUGCUUUCUGGGAAAUUGCCUGAUUUGAGUGGCUUGUCUAAUUUACAAUUACUGGAUAUGAGAGAGAACCAUUUGGAUUCCCAAUUGCCUCCUCUUCCAAAAGGACUGACUAAUAUUUUUCUGAGCAACAAUUCAUUCUCUGGUAGUAUACCUGAACAACUUGGCGAAUUGAAAGAACUUCAGCAUCUAGAUUUAUCGAACAAUCAUCUGGGUGGAGUGCCGCCUACGGAGUUGUUCUCUUUGCCGAAUAUUAGUUACUUGGACUUAUCUUCCAACAUGCUUAGUGGUUCACUUCUGCAGCAUCUCAAGUGUGGGGAUGCACUUAGUCUCGUUGAUCUUUCUGAUAACAGAUUGAUAGGUGCGCUUCCAACUUGCCUGGACGUUGAUUCAGAUAAGAGAGUUGUGAAGAUUCGUGGGAAUUGCUUCUCAUUUGAUAACAGAAAUCAGCAUCCUGAGUCGUAUUGCAAAGACACUGACAAAGAUAAGGGACUGUCUUCUGGAAAGAAAAUUGCCAUAUUUGCCGCUGUAAUUGGGGUAAUUGUUAUUAUUGUUGUACUCCUCUUGGUUGCUGGGAUGCUCUUUUUCUGUAAAAGACAUCAUACAGAGAGGACAGUGGUUCAGCAUGUUAUACCAAAGACCGUGCAAGAUGAAGCACGGUUAGGGAUUUCUGCUGAACUCCUUGCAAAUGCCAGGAUCAUUUCUCAAGCAGUAAAACUUGGGACACAAAGUGCUGCAGCAUAUAGGGUGUUUUCCCUUGAAGAACUGGGAGAGGCCACUGAGAAUUUUGAUCCAUUAGCUUUCCUGGGCGAGAGCUCUAUAGGAAAGGUUUACAAAGGAAGAUUAGAGAAUGGAACCUAUGUUGCUAUACGAUCUUUGGCUUUAUGUAGAAAAUAUUCUAUUCAGAACCUCAAACAACGCUUGGAUUUGCUCUCAAAGCUUCGGCACCCUCAUCUUGUAGGCCUUCUAGGUCAUUGCAUUGAUGGUGGAAAGCAGGAAGAUUCAUCUAUGCAUAGAUUGCUCCUCGUGUACGAAUUUGUCCCUAAUGGAAACUUCCGUGCUCACCUUUCAGAUACUAGUCCUGACAAAGCUCUGAAGUGGUCGGAUCGAUUAGGUGUGCUUAUUGGUGUUGCUAAGGCUGUGCAUUUUCUACAUACUGGGGUGAUUCCCCCAUGCUACCACAACCGACUGAAGACAAAUAAUAUACUGCUAGAUGAGCACUGGAUUGCAAAGCUUAGUGAUUACGGGAUGUCCAUAAUCACAGAUGAAACUGAAAAGGCUGAAGCGAAGGGGGAUGGCUUCAGAUCAUGGCAUUCAACUAAGUCAGAGGAUGAUGUUUAUAACUUUGGAUUCAUAUUGCUUGAGUCACUUGUGGGUCCUGUUGCAAGCGGAAAAGGAGAAGCAUUUUUGCUUAAUGAAAUGACAUCCUUUGGCAGUCAAGAUGGUGUGCGCAAAAUUGUGGAUCCAAUUGUGUUAUCCACUAGUUCACAAGAGUCAUUGUCAAUUGUGGUAUCCUUAACCAAUAAAUGUAUUUUACUUGAAUCUUCAAGCCGCCCCUCAUUUGAGGACGUCCUCUGGAACCUGCAGUAUGCAGCUCAAGUCCAAGCUACUGCAGAUUCAGAUCAUAAAUCAGACACUAUGUCACAGUGAGAACUUUAAUUGAGAUAACUAUCCUUCACAAUGACCGUCGUUUGUUCUGGGACCCUGUUGCAAUGUCUUGAUGAGGAAGAACCUUUGUGGUGGUUCUAUAAGCAUGAACAAUGGCUGUGGUCCAACUAGCUAUUCUCAUCAUAUUUGUAAUUUUGUAGAUUGUUCAUGUUGUUUGAUUUUUCGUUCUUACCUAGAAAAUAGGUGAUAUUAUAGAUUAGAUCCUCUCAAAUAUCAUCUCUAGACAAACUUGUAAUAGGAAGUUUUUCUCAUUCAUAUUCUUGUUCCUAUCAUGAAACUAAUACCACUGUGAUGCUUAUGCUUGAUGAUAUA